GUUAAGGUGCCUGGUGCAGUGUAAGCUCUUACUAUCCACUGAGCAGCUGUUGUUAACAUAAAAAAGGACUUGGGAAUCAGCUGAGAUACCAGAUAUUGGAGGAUGGAUCCUUUAAUACUUCUUCUACUAGCAGGUCUCGUGGAAAUAACAGCAACAGCAACAACAGAUGCUCCAUUCAGUUCAGCCUCAAAAGCAGUCGAUGUUACACCUCUACCCUUCAAUUCAGCCUCACCGCCAAAAGUCAGGACCUCUCUACCUCCCAAUUCAGCCUCACCGACAAUACACGUGAACUCUCUACCUCCCAAUUCAGCCUCACCGACAAUACACGUGAACUCGCUACCUCCCAAUUCAGCCUCACCGCCAGCCUCCAGGAUUCCACCUUCAGCAACCCCUUCACCUGCAGUUACAGUAACUCCAUCUACUGCAACAACUACCUCCCCUAGUACGACAACUACAACAACUACGACAACUACAACAACUACGACAACUACAACAACUGCGACAACUACGACAACCACCACAGCUCCAUUAACGGAUCCACCAUCUGCCGGUGAAGGAACAUUGUCCCUUGUCUUCAGUCUAAAUCGAACAUAUACAUCAGAUCUCGCUGACUCGUCCUCAGCAGGGUAUCAAUCCUUAGCAACAACAGUGGUCACAGAGCUCAACAAGGCGGGUAACAAGUUGUAUGGACCAUUGUACAAACGUGCCCUUGUUAACUCAUUCAGUAAUGGAUCAGUGAUUGUCGACUCGACUGCUGUGUUCGUAAACCAAAGCUCAGUUCCUUCCUCACUUAAUGCAACUAUACUAUUCAGCAAAGAACUGGACAACUCUACCGACCUGGAUCUUGUAGCAGGCAGCCUUUUUGCAAGCUCAUCAUGCAGUCCUCUGCCCUCCAUGGGCUCAUUGGCUGUCAUUGCACUGACACUGCUUACUGUGACGCAGAUGCUCUUUGACUUCUAGCCUGUAUCAGAGGUACAGUAGAUACGCUGACACAAACGAUGGCUAAAUGUGGAAUAAGUGUGGUUAAAGUACCAAUGAAUAAAACAAUAAAGGAUCUAAGUACACAUUAUGACAUUUACCAAUGUGUGUCAUAGAUUAAGGGCAUAUUUAGUAUUUGUGUUUGUAUUAUAUUGUAUUUGAGGUACUAAUUUUUAGAUUAACAAUGACAAAAAGCGUUCCUUUUGCAGUUGCCAUUCAGUUAUUGUACAAAGUAUUUAUUUGAAAGUAACAUAACUGUAAAUGUGAAUGUUAAUACCUGUGACUACACAUACAUGGGUCCAGAUCUUCAUCACCUUUUUAAGGACAUUUAUAUAUAUAUAUA